GCUGCAGGUUUCUGCACGUUUGUAAACUUUUCUUAUCAAUUUAUGGCGUCGUAGUGACGAAAUUCGAUUUCUUUAAUGAAAAAAGACAUAAGAAUAUCAACAAACUGUUUCGUUUUUGUGAAAAAGUGUGCUACUGGUCUUUUAAGUAGGAAGAGGAAGUUUGUGAAGUUUGUAGGUUGGGAUCAUCUCAGAUUAACAGCGUUUCACCCAUUGCAUUUCACUUGAACCUACUCUCAAAAAAUGAGAGUCCACAGAUCGGAACGUGUGGGGCGAAAGCCCUAUCACUGUCUCUCAAUGCGACAAAGGCGAAGAAUCCGACAGGAAAUAAAGCUGAUACAAGAAUCCGUGGAGGCCGAAAGUAAACGAAAUCAAAACUCAAAAGAAGGUGAAGCUUUGACAGCGCAAACGGAGGAAAUUGCAGAAAACGGAAUUCCUCAACAAGGAAAUGUGAUGUGCUCAGUACCGGCGGAUGUAUACAUUCCAGCCUCGACGAAUUCCUAUCCUUCCUCUCAAGAAGUCAUUGAUCCUAUUAUUCCUGGAUCAACAUUGGCUGGAACUUAUUCCUAUCCUAUGCAAUUUCUACCUGGACCUUCUGGCUUUCCAACAGCGAUUGCUGGGAAUGGAUUAUCUUCUGCUGUUUUUAAAACCGAAACUUAUAUGGCAAAUCAUCAACAGGUAGCAUUAAAUGUGGGAGAGCAAACAGCAGUUUUUGAUCAUCAAGUUCAUAAUGCUGAAAUCCUGGACCAGUUGAAGAAGCUAAAUGGAAAGCUCGACACUUACAACAAUCACCUCAAUACGAUCAACAGUCGUCUCGAAAAUAUCGAGAGGCAUAUGAAGCAGGAAAAACGUAAAGGUCAAGCCCCCGUAAAACCGAGCAUUAUUCCCAUGCAAACCGUACAGGAAGUCACUGACUUUGACAAUGCAAGCGACGAAGCUUAUGAUGGUUUAGUUCAAUAUUUGAAAUACAUCGGAGGUUUCACAUUGCGGGAAGCCUUAAAUCUCUGUAUGAAAGAAGUUUUAACCAAUGACGUCGCGAGUAAUUUCACAUGGCACGGUAAAGAUACCGGACACGCACAAGUUGGAGUCGCUUUAUACAACAGACAAAUAACGAACGCCUUCUAUGAAGCCGUUUCUCAAAGUCAGCAUUUCGAACAACCAACGAGAGCAAUGUUCGCAUCGCAAAUGCGAGAAGUUUUGCGUAUCGCAAAACAGCGACUUCGGAAUACCCUUCGAAAACAACAAGUUCAACAAACCGAUGGGGAUAGGGACGAAGAUCCCUGGGAAUAAGGCACUUGAAUCCAUUCUCCAUCUUCUGUAUAAUAUUGUAAAUACCAUAGGAUAAAUAAACAUUAGGUAAUAACGGCAGAGGAAACGAAAAGUGGGCUUUACCGCUUUCUUUAAGCUAUUGAACAAGCGCUCGAGGAAUUUUACUGAAUCAUUUUAUACCAAAGAGGGAAAGAAAGUUUUUUUUUUU